AUGGCAGAUUCACAACAGCCCCUCCGUAUCGGAUUCGUUCCGGAGCACUUCUCCACACCUAUCCACUUUGCAAAGAAACACUUCGGCCUUUCCGCCGCCUUGAUCCCGUUUCCAUCUGGCACCGGACAUAUGAUCACAGCCCUACGGGGAGGUGAGAUCGAUGUCGGCAUUGGUUUGACCGAAGCCUGGGUUGCUGGCUUGGGAAAAGAGGACACCCCCGACGAUGGCGGUUAUAGAAUUUUGGGCACUUAUGUUGAAACUCCUCUUUGCUGGGCCAUCUCCACUGGUGCCGAGCGACCGGACAUCUCGUCCGUGAGCUCGCUCAAGAACUCCAAGAUUGGCAUUUCCCGACUGGGAUCGGGCUCACAGGUUAUGGGUUACGUGCUGGCUGACGAGCAGGGCUGGCUCACCCCCUCGUCAUCCCCCUAUGCAGACUUUGUCAUCCUGCAGACAUUUGACAAGCUGCGCAAUGCUGUCAAUGACGGCACUGCCGACUUCUUCAUGUGGGAACACUUCACGUCCAAGAGGUAUUAUGACUCUGGUGAGAUACGCAAGGUCGGUCAAAUCUACACGCCUUGGAGUAGCUGGAAGAUUGUGGCCUCGACCUCGAGUACCCAAUUGAACAACGAUGCCCGGCUGAAGGACCUUUUCGAGAAGUUAGACCAGGGCACCAAGUACUUCCUCGGUCAUCCUGAUGAGGCGGUCAAGUAUAUCAGCACGGAGCUGGACUACUCGGAGGAAGAUGCUCGGGAGUGGCUCAAGACAGUGAAGUUUGCAGACAAUGUGGCUGGAGUUGACACAAAGGUCAUUGAAGGAUGCAUCUCCAGUUUGCAAAAAGCUGGUGUUCUGAAAGAGGGCAAAGGAUUGCAGGCCCAGCAAAUGCUAGUAUAG